AGAUAUAUCAGAACUUUAAAGGUACAGUGAGCUACUUUUUUGAAGAAUUGAGUGGAGAUCAUACUCAAUCAGAGGUUUCUUCACAUGCAAUUGGUGGAUACAUUGGUUCCCAAAUCCCACCUGGGUGUCCUGGCCCUAGUCAGCUCAAUCCGAGCACUCGCUCGUUUAAGAUCGUCACAGAGUGCCCAUUGAUUGUGAUGUUUCUUUUCCAGCUCUAUGGCCGUUAUGUACAGACUAACAUCCCUGUUCUAUUACCUCUAAUGGUCAGUGCUAUAUCUAUUCCUGGCCCACAAAAUGUUUCUCCCAACUGGAGGAACCACUUUGUGGAUUUGAAGGGUGCUCAGGUUAAGACGGUUUCAUUUCUGACAUAUCUGCUGAGAAGUUUUGCUGAGUAUAUCAGGCCUCAUGAAGAGAGUAUAUCAAAAAGCAUCGUAAAUUUGCUUGUUACCUGUCCAGACUCUGUAUCUAUUCGUAAGGAAUUGUUGGUGGCCACGAGGCAUGUUCUUUCUACGGAUUUCAGGAGAGGUUUAUAUCCAUUGAUUGAUACGUUAUUGGAGGAGAGGAGUACAAAAAAUUCACCCCUAAAAGGGUGCCCAAUACAUCAAUUCAGGAUAUCAAGCAAAAAAAUAUGGGCUGGUGACAAUGAAGGCCGUAUGUAUACACAAAACAAUUACAAAGGUUGAACUGCAUCCAAAAUACUGCAGAAAUGAGGAGUGCCUGGCUGGGGAGAUCCCUUAUAAGUUUAGAGAUGCUUCUGUUCUUGCUAGAUGGUCGGCUUCAGAGUUAGCUUCCCUCCAUGUGUGUUUCCAAUAGACAUUCAGAUUACUGCUAAGGUGGUGGAUUUGGUAAAAAAUACGGACAUGUUGAAGAGUUUGUCGCCCAUGAGAUAACAUUGCUUGAGUCACCUUCAAUGACCAAAUUUGGCCCCCAGUCAUGGUUAAACAGCUUGAGGCCCUCUAGAAGAGCAAGUGAUUCAGCUGUGGUGGAGUCAGCUAUGCUAAUUGGGGAGGAAUAGGAGAAAAGAGUUUUGCCUAAAAAGUUCAUAAGUUCAUGAGAAGUCCUCCUAUGCCUGCUGGGCCUGGGUUGCUGAGAGAGCUGCUGUCAACAUUCAAUUUGGACUGCCCUAUCUCAGGCGGCCUCCAUAGAGAUGCCCUUGUGAUUCUAGAUGGCCUCAGGUGGAGCAUGUCAUUCCAAUUUUGAAUCGGCCGAGGUGAAGGGUCUGAAAGGGCCGUGGUUAGAGGCCCAGAAGAUGAAGAAAGAAAGAAUGCGAUUGCUCAUGUCAGUUGGAUUGGAUCUGGUGCCUCGGAAAUUCGGUGGUUCCUUUCUGUUCAAAUGACCCACAGGGUAGCAGCAACCAAAGCUUUCCACAGGAGGAUCCCUGAAUUCGACCAAUGGUGGAGAUGGAGAGAGGUGAAAAUGUGGAUACCGAGGGAGGGGUCACCCACUUCCAAUGAAAUAUUCUUAGGAUGAAUCCCCACAGUUCCUGUGCCAUGGCAUAAUGUAGGGAGAGGUGAUCAUUGGAUUCCUCCUCCUCCUGGCACACUAUGCAUCGGUUGGGGAGAGGGAUGCCUCUUCGCUGAAGUUGGUAUAAGGUUAGAGAGCUCUGCAGGCGAUGGCUAUCCAUCAGAAAACCUGAAUUUUGGGGGGGAUGAAAGAUUGCUAAGCUUUGGAGCAAGCAGAUUGGGCACCAGCAGGAAGAGGCUUCAUAGCCAAAAAUACACUGUAGAGAGAUGCCACUAUAAAUUGGCCACUAUGGUUAGGGGACCACAGCGAACAGUCACUGCCUAAAGAAGGUAAAGGAGAGGAGUGGAUGAGGUGCCGAGCCCCUUCACGUUUUGGUCGGCAGAUUCUAUCCCAUGAAACCGAGUGUAUCUUUUUUAUCCCUCCCUAGCCUGACCAAAGAAAAUUCUUCAUCAGUUGUUCUAGACAAGUGGCUACCGAAGAAGGCAUGUGGAACAUCGACAUUUGGAAGAUCGGAACAUUGGAGAGCGUGGCUUUGAUCAAAGUGACUUUUCCGCCAAAUGAGAGGAACGUUCCUUUCCACCCAGCCAGCCUCCUAUCAAAUUUGUCUAUGAUAUGGCUCCAGUGGCGCUUUUUGGGCUUUCCCAGGCAUAGAAGUAGACCUAGGUACGUGGAGGGGAGGUUUUCUACCUAGCAAACCCACUUCUCAGCCAGGUAAUGGAUGGUUUGACCAUCAGUGCGGGCCCCCAUCGUCUCAGUGUUAGAUAUAUUACUUCGGAAGCCAGUCGGCUACUGGAUUUGAAGCUUAUUAUUCAUCCUCUAUCAUAAAGUCUAGCUACCGAUCUGCUGAAAACUUCUGCCACUAUAGCAAAGAGAAAGGGGGGGGAGAGGGUCUCCUUGCCUCAAUCCUCUGGAGGAUUUGAAGUAGCCAGCCGGUGAGCCAUUGAUCAAGAUCAAGAACAUGGGGCUGGAUAUGCAGUCAUGAACCCAAACCGUCCACUUAAUCUCGAAACCCAUUCUAUGGAGGGUCUCCUCGAGAAUGGCCCAAUCAAUAUGGUCAUAGGCCUUUUCCCAGUCGAGUUUGACAAAUAAAUUUCUUGAGUGGAUGCAUUCAUGGGCGAUGAGUGCCCCAUCAAGAGUCUCUCUGUCCUUCACGAAGCCCCUUGGUUUUGGGUGAGGACCCAUCCCAAAACUUCACCUUGGAGAGGAUUUUGUAAGAGCUAUUGAUGAGGCUAAUUGGGCGGAAGUCUUUGAGUUCUUCGUGCCCCUCGACUUUGGGAAUCAAGUAAAUGAAAGUGGCAUUCAUGCCAUUAUGCAUAAUGCCCCUUGUAGGGAAUUCAUAAAAAAUGGCUAGGAUAUCUGGUUUGAGGAUCUCCCAGAAGGUUUUGAAGAGCACAAUUGGGACCCCGUCGGGUCCCAGGGCCCUGUCCUGGGCUAAAAGCAUUGAUGGCCGAGA